UUUGGCCCAGCACUAAAUGCAUCGUAAUUAGCCCUAUAUUAGGACUAAACGGUGCCCUUUUAUAUUCCACCCACCACAAACUUCAUCGUUUGACCUUCUUCCUCCUCACAGCAAACCAAACUCCAAUCUUUAAAUCUUCAUCUUCAAUCUGCUUUUUACCUGCCACUUCAAAUCAACAUUCUUGAUUUUCAUAAUCAGAUUAGAUCCAAAAUUUCAUAAUAUUUGAAUCAAAGACUGAAACUUUAUUGUAUAAAUAUUUAUCUUCAUCUACAAUCUGGUUCCUUCAAAUCAAGAUUCUUGAUUCCCAUAAACAUAUCAAAGAUUCACAAUAUUUGACUCCAAGACUGAAACUUUCUGGUGUAUUUAUCUUUUCAUUGUUGAGAAAUUGAUGUAUAUGACUUUGAAGGAAGCAUAGUCUGUUCUUUUCAAGAUUUGAAGAGUGAAAAAGAGACAGAGAAUAUGGGACCACCAUCAGCAGCAUCAUCAUCAUCAUCAUCAGGGGUAAAGGCUAAAGUUUUAGAUAUUCCACUUCAUGGGAUUGGUUUUGAGUUUGUAGAAAUCACACCCCACAAAAUCACUGGUCGUCUUCCUGUGACAGAAAAGUGUUGUCAGCCAUUUAAGGUGCUGCACGGUGGAGUUUCAGCUUUGAUAGCUGAGGCUCUGGCAAGUAUGGGAGCACAUAUGGCUUCUGGUUUCCAGAGAGUGGCUGGAGUUCAUCUAAGCAUCCAUCAUCUCAAGAGUGCUCAUUUAGGGGACCUUGUGUUUGCUGAGGCUGUACCAAUCAAUAUUGGCAAAAGUAUUCAUGUUUGGGAAGUUUGUCUUUGGAAGAUUGAUCCAUCUAAUGAGGAAAACAAGACUUUGUUAGCAUCAUCAAGAGUUACUCUUAAGGUCAACAUGUCUGUACCUGAAAAUGCUAAAGAUGCUGCUGUGAAUCUCAAGAAAUAUGCUAAGUUAUGAUCAUGUUUAAUUGAGUUUGUUUGUAAGCAAAAUUGUAGAGAGUAACAAGACAAUAAUGCAGAGUUAUGCAAAACAUGUUGUAAACCCUUUUUGCUAUUAUCUCCCCUGACACGUUUUUAUGAAAACAGUACCAAAAAAGAGUGGAAUCUACAUUAUCUGAUAGUACUAAUUUCUUUGAUUUGUGGCUCACAUUGCAUUUACCCCUAA